CUGGAAGCUGAGAUUGCGGCUCUGGAGGCCUGCAUGUAUUUUGAAUGGGUUUAGUCUGGGCCCAGAGAUUUGGUCCGAGUGUGCCCAGAGCGAGAGCGGUGGCUGAUCGCCUCUCCCUGUUUGCUCAGCCCGCGACGUGCCAGGCGGGCACAGCCGCACGAGCCGCGGCAGGGGCAGGCCGUGUGGCUGGGUGCUGGCACCAGCCGGGGUGCCACUGGCAGCAGGGGAGCUGCUGGGGCUGGCAGCCCCGCAAAGCCAGGCUGGCUGCCUGGGCUGCGGCUGAAACAGGAGGGCAGCCAGCGGUGUCCUUGCUGCUGAGCGGAGCCACCUGCUCCAUGCAACCCGAACCCUCUUCAGCAGCGGUUUUCUGAUCAGCACAGCGGCUGGAUCACAGCCCUUUUGCUGCCCCUGGUAAUUUACCGCCCUGGGUAAUCAUCUGUUUUAAAAAUAAGAUGGCUGCCAGAGAUAGUUAAGCACAUGUCCCUGUCCAAAGCAAAGUGCACAUGCAAUGGUGAAAGUACAUCCCUGCUUGAAGAUUUUGAGAACAUCUUGAGAAGUAACAGCAUGAUGGCUUCGUUUCCUGUCCUGAAGCAAGAGACGUUGUUCCGGAACGGUACGUGGAGCUACCGAAUUCCAGCCCUGCUCUACCUGCCGCGUUUCAGCAUCAUCCUGGCAUUUGCUGAGGAACGAGAGGAUGUGGUGGACGAACAUGCCAAGCUGAUAGCGAUGCGCAGAGGCAUGUAUGACCCAACCACGUACCAUGUUCAGUGGAAUAGCAUGGAGACCAUUGUCAGUGCGCAGCUGAAAGAUCACCGAUCUAUGAAUCCCUGUCCUGUUUAUGAUGAGGUCUCAGGGAAACUGAUCCUGUUCUUCAUAGCUGUCCCAGGAAAGAUCUCUGAGCAGCACCAGCUCAGGACAAAGAUCAACCUGGUGCGUCUCUGCUACAUCACUAGCAUGGACCAAGGACGCACCUGGAGCGCUGUCCAGGAUAUCACCGAGGGUACCAUUAGCUCCGAGUACAAGAACUGGGCCACUUUUGCAGUGGGGCCAGGCCAUGGAUUACAGCUGCUCAAUGAGGCCCGGAGCCUUGUGAUUCCUGCCUAUGCCUAUCGUAUCCUCGACCCUAAGCAACACCCCACCCCUCAUGCCUUCUGCUUCAUCAGCUCUGACCAUGGGACGACAUGGGAGAUGGGGAACUUUGUGGGGAAGGAGAGCGCGGUGGAGUGUCAGGUAGCCGAGGUACACACCUGUGGCAGGAGGGUGCUCUACUGCAACGCAAGGAGCAGCAGAGGAGCAAGAAUCCAGGCAGUCAGCUACAACCACGGGGUGGACUUUGAGGGAGGCCAACGGGUUGAAAUGCUUGUAGAGCCUCCCUCUGGAUGUCAUGGAAGUGUUACUGCCUUCCCACCUCCCCCUGAUGCCAGGUGCCAAGAUAGUUGGUUGCUCUAUGCUCAUCCUACAGACCCAAAGGGUCGAAGAGAUUUAGGAAUUUACCUCAACAAAAGCCCUUUAAACCCAGCACACUGGACAAAGCCAAGCAUCCUCUUCAAGGGCUUGUGUGCUUAUUCAGAUCUGCAGUACAUGGGCAUUGGGCCAGAUGGCUCACCCUUGUUCUCCUGCCUUUUUGAAUAUGGGACCCAUCAACAAUGUGAAGAGAUAAUAUUUGUAAUGUUCACUUUGAAGCAAGCCUUCCCAUCUGAGUGCUGAGUCUUGAGCCUUUUCAUCGGGAUUCAUCUGAAAACCACCUUUGCUGGUGCUUCUUUUCACUGUCACUUCUCAUCUUUCAGCAAAAGGGUUUUUGUAUUCUUUGUGCACCAUCGGUUUGCCAUUGGCUUGUACCAUCUGUAGAUUACGAAAUCUAU